UUCUAGCUCCUGAUAAAAUGUGCCCUUGUGCUUCUUGCCUGCCACGUUCCUUCCGAAACGCAGAUAAACCCUUCUAAACUCUCCGGGGCAAAAGGAGCCAAAUAAUGGCCGGAAAAUAAGAGGGUAGGUAUUUGUUAGCCGUUGUUCUUCUUUAUUGAACUAUCAGUAUAUGUUUUCAUAAAUCUUGAUUGCUUCAUAAUUGUAAAUUUCUUUGAAAUUUCUCACCUACUGUUGCUGUAAUAUGGCAAAAGCCCAAGCAUUUCCUUUAGCUUUUAGGAUUUCCUCACAGCCCCCAAAAAUGCAAAGGAAAUUUCACACCCUAAUGCCCCUAUCUUUGAUAGCUGGAUAUCGUCCAGCUCUUGAGUCUAGUCUCAAAACCCACAAACAGUUCCAUUCGUUAAGACCCAAGAAUAGUUCAGUCGAGUAUCGAUUUGAAACUUCACGUGAGGUGGGGUAUUGUGUAAGAAAUGCUUUGCGGGUUUAUUCACUAUUUAGAAACAGAAGUUUUUCUAGUUCAUAUUCAGGAAAGGUUGUAGAAGGAAGUGGAAAGACCCUUCCUUGGUUAGCCAAAUCUAAAGCUGGAGAAGAGAAAAAAAUGGAGAAAAAUGUGGCAAUGAAAACUAGUCGGUCCUCGUGGGAGGAAUCAGCAGAUAAGUUUUUAAAAGGUAGUGCAUCUACUGUGGAAUUUAGAGAAAAUAGAAAAUUUGAAGGUCAUCGAAGUGACUAUAAUAAUAUAGAUAGAUGCGUUGAAGAAGUGGAAGAGACUGAAGAACUGGGAGAGGUUGAUGAUGUUAAUGAACCUAGGUGGCAUAACAUUAAAAAUAAGCUUAACAAGAUUGUCGAGAAAAAACAUGGGUCUGACAGACCAGAGGUUCGGAGAUGGAAUAAACAGGAAAAUUGGGGUAGGAAGACAUGGAAAGAGGCUACCGAAUCUACUUUGCCAAAAAUGGUUGGAGAAGGGAUUUAUGGUGUUGGACCCGUUUUAGCUGCAUUAUCAGCUGGGCGAAGAGAAUUCUACGCCCUAUAUGUUCAGGAAGGGUUAGAUUUGAGCGUGAAUAAUAGAAAGAAGAAGGACAAGAAGGGUUUCGAGAAAGCUAUGAAGAUGGUGGAAAAGAUUGGUUUGAGCAUAAAAGAGGUGUCGAAGCAUGAUCUGAACAUGGUUGUUGAUAAUAGGCCUCAUCAGGGCUUGGUCCUGGAUGCUUCACCGCUGGAAAUGGUAAAUAUGAAGGAGUUGGAGCCAGUUUCCAUUGAGGGAGAUAAGGGUCCUCUUUGGUUGGCUUUAGACGAGGUUACUGAUCCUCAGAAUUUGGGGGCAAUUAUUCGGUCUGCUUACUUCUUUGGAGCUUCUGGUGUGGUAUUGUGUGCAAAGAACUCUGCCCCCUUAAGUGGGGUUGUGAGCAAAGCAAGUGCAGGUUCACUUGAGUUAAUGGAGCUCAGAUCCUGCAAAAAUAUGAUGCAAUUCUUGACAUCUUCAGCUGAAAAUGGUUGGAGGGUUCUAGGUGGAUCAGUGUCUUCAAGAGCUGUUCCUUUGAAUGAAGUUUUGCCUGGUGCUCCAACAAUCCUUGUUCUAGGCAGUGAGGGCACUGGUUUGAGGCCACUCGUGGAGAGAUCUUGCACUCAAUUGAUUAGAAUUCCAGGAAACCUUCCUGUUGAUGUGAUUGCAGGGGAAGAUGAAGAGGUGGUUAGUGUUCAAAAUCCAGAUCAAGAAUUCAGGUCCUUUUUGGCAGUGGAGAGUUUGAAUGUAAGUGUUGCAGCAGGUGUGCUGCUUCAUCACUUGAUUGGGAGUGAUACAGUUGGUCAUUUACCGUAAAGACAAACUGGCAAAAGAUGAAUUAUUCUCAUUAUCAACUCAACCAGUUUCCUGCUUAAUUAAAUUGUUCCAUGCCUUGCGGUUUUCUCCCGCUAUCUCCCAAUGAUGCAAAUACGGUUCUCCUUUCGAUAUGUGUUUCAAGAAUUUUACAUUGCCAAGUUGAAAAUAGUAUUUUUUUGAACUUAGUUGCUGUUUGACAAAGCUUUUGCUAAAAGCUUUUAGUAGAUUUUGAUAAAAGUUGAUGAAAUGUGUGGUUGAAAUGUUGAUUUAACUUGUGGGUCC